AUGUCAAGUACUACCGAUCACCAAUUGAUCAUGAUGGAGUAUACUUCUGAGACCAAACAACAGCACAAUCUACUCAUACCUCCACCUGAUACCGAGAUGCAGUCAAUAUUCAACGGUCAGCUUAUGUCUAAUUCUGAGGUACCAGCCUCGCUCAACAAUUUUCAUGGCCAAAAGCACCCCACCAACUCGACAGCAGCACGCGAGGAGGAGCAACAACAAGUCACAACCAAUGAAGAACAACAUGAACCAGUCAAUCUAGAGCCUACACAUGGCCGCUCCAAUGGCCAGAUCGCCUUGAUCAUGCUGGCCUUGUGUCUUGCCGUUCUCCUCGGUGCUUUGGAUGUUACUAUCGUCACCACAGCUUUGCCCAGCAUUAGUGAAGACUUCCAAUCCAGUGCCGGCUAUACGUGGGUCGGAUCUGCAUUUUUGUUAGCUAAUGCUGCAUCAAUACCGUCAUGGGGCAAGAUCUCGGACAUUUUUGGGCGGAAACCAAUGCUCCUUCUCGCCAAUGUGAUUUUCAUGAUCGGUUCACUGAUUGCUGCCCUCGCCACUGGCAUCGGUAUGCUCAUCGCCGGCCGUGCUGUUCAAGGUCUGGGCGGCGGUGGCCUGACCAUUCUCACCAAAAUUGUUAUUGGAGACAUUGUGCCUCUAAAAACUUGUAGCAUUUUCUACGGAGUUCUGGGCGGUGUGUGGGCGGUGGCGGCGGCAACGGGCCCGGCCAUUGGCGGAGCAUUGACAGAGAAGGUAUCUUGGCGAUGGUGCUUUUGGAUCAAUCUCCCCCUCGAUGGGCUUGCCUUUCUCAUUAUUCUCUUCUUCCUUGACAUCAGUUCCCCACGUACACCACUUCUUAAAGGGCUUCAGGCGAUUGACUGGGUGGGCUCGGCUUUGGUAGUUGGCGGUACGCUCAUGUUCCUGUUUGCUCUCGAACUUGGGGGAGUCUCAGCGCCAUGGCACUCCGCCAAAGUUGUCUGUCUGCUCCUAUUCGGCCUACUUGGCUGGGCACUUUUCAUCUUCUGGGAGGCUCGUUAUGCCAGAUUCCCCGUAACACCAAUGACCUUGUUCAAGAACAUCUCCAAUGCUGCCACGCUUUUCUGCGUCUUCAUCCAGGGCAUUGUAUUCAUCUCUGCUUCCUAUUACCUGCCGCUCUACUUUCAAGUUGUGCGCGGAUACACCCCCAUCCAAUCGGGUGUGUACGUCCUCCCUACUGCCCUCGCACUCUCAGCUGGCAGCCUCUGUACUGGUUUCGUGGUAUCAAAGACAGGCUGGUAUAUUCCGCCGACCGUCUUUGGACUCUUCAUGAUGGUCCUUGGUUUUGGUUUGUUCAUUGAUUUGGAUGCUUAUAGCAACUGGGCAAAGCUUAUCCUUUAUCAACUUGUCUCUGGUGUGGGAGUCGGCCCACUCUUUCAGUCUCCAAUUAUAGCCCUUCACGCCCAUACCAAGCCGCGAGACAUGGCUACUGCUACCUCGACACUUGGAUUCAUCCGCCAGAUAGCCCAGGCCAUCUCCGUGGUUAUAGGCCAAGUGGUAUAUCAAAAUGAAAUCGCCAAAAGGUACCCAUCACUCGUUGCCUCUGGGCUCACUUACCCUCUGGAAAAUGUCCUCUCCUUCAGCACCGGCGCCGAUGCCCAAAUCAUUGAAAGACUUCCCGAGGAUCAGCGCACCGCUGUCCGUAUCGCUCUGGCAGAUGCUCUCCAGCCAAUGUGGCUCAUGUACACGUGCUUUGCCGCCGCUGGUCUGGUAGCUUCAUUCUUCAUUCGACCCAGAGUAUUGACACACGAACAUGUAGAAAUCAAGACGGGUUUGGACGCAGAAUACGAAAAUGCGGAGGCUCGGCGCCGUGAGCGUGAGGAGAGCAAUAAUGUUUAG